CACAUCCUGUCGUCAUGUCUUAAGCGAAUAAAAAGUCAGAAAUAACAUUUUUGUUCCUGCAGCAGUUGGUGAAAAAUGAGCGAGGAUGAAACUGUACCAUAUUCCACUGGAUUUGUAGUCCGGCGCUCGGCGAACUCCCAUUGAGUGUCACUUUCCCGCCCGCCGAGAUGAACUACAACUCCCAUGAAACCACCGCAGCGCUUCUGUUAAUAUCAAUAUGGCUUCUGUCAGUCAGACAAAGGCGAAUCAGUUUUUGCCUUGAAAUGAAAUCAAAUUAGGGAAAGGUAGCGGGAGAGUCGGACAUCGUCCUAUUUUGCUGGUACAUGUCUGGCGACGGGGAUUAAAAGGGACGGAAACACUGUCAGUUGAGUUGAAUAAAUGCUGUGGUGCACGGAGGCCCCGCACGCGCACAAUCAGAAUCAGAAUGUCCCAUUAUACAGAUGAGCCUCGUUUUACCAUUGAGCAGAUCGACUUGCUGCAGCGGCUACGUCGAAGCGGCAUGACAAAGCAAGAGAUCUUGCACGCCCUGGACACCCUCGACCGGCUGGACCGCGAGCACGUGGAGAAGUUCGGCCACCGGCACGCCCAUGGCGGAAACGGGGCGGCCGGCGUCAACCACGGCAACAGCAGCAACGCCACCACCUCUUCCAACUCCUGCACUACCUCCACUAACAACCUCGCAGCCUCUUCUUCGACGACCUCUACGGCCACGCAGACCGGUUACCGUGGCAACGGCCUCUCACCAUCUCCUAGCAACAGCUAUGACACCUCCCCGCCCCCAAUGGUCCCCACACCCAUGCCAGUAGUAGCACCUAUGGUCCAAAACGGACGGGAAGGCCUCGCCUCUAUGCCCAACGGGAAGCUCUCCCCGCCCCGCUUCGCUGUUAGCAAUGCUUCCUCGAGGGCCUUUGCGAUCGAGAACCCCGAUGAGGAAGUGGACAUCGAUGACAAAGUUGAGGAGCUCAUGAGAAUGGACAGUGCUAUAAUUAAAGAAGAGAUUAAAGCAUUCUUGGGGAAUCGGCGAAUAUCACAGGCAGUAGUUGCCCAAGUUACAGGUAUCAGUCAGAGCCGGAUCUCUCAUUGGCUGCUCCAGCAGGGCUCAGAUCUCAGCGAGCAGAAGAAAAGAGCCUUCUACCGCUGGUACCAACUAGAGAAAACUACACCUGGUGCAACACUAGCGAUGCGGCCCACCCCGAUGGCCCUGGAGGACAUUGUGGAGUGGCGUCAAACACCCCCUCCCAUUAGCAGCACCCAGGGCAGCUUUCGUCUGCGGCGUGGAAGCCGCUUCACCUGGAGGAAAGAGUGUCUGGCGGUGAUGGAAAGUUAUUUCAAUGACAACCAGUACCCCGACGAAGCUAAACGUGAGGAAAUUGCCAACGCCUGCAAUGCAGUUAUUCAAAAACCAGGGAAGAAGCUUUCAGAUCUUGAGAGGGUCACGUCUCUGAAAGUUUACAACUGGUUUGCCAACAGACGGAAGGAAAUUAAGAGAAGAGCCAACAUAGAAGCAGCAAUCCUGGAGAGUCAUGGGAUUGAUGUCCAAAGCCCGGGAGGUCAUUCCAACAGCGAUGAGAUUGAUGGAAAUGACUACGGUGAGCCAGUAGCUGCUGACCAAGUUUUGGGAAUGGUUUUCGGGGCAAAAGCAGAGGGCUUCAGACCAAUCUCUGGUUCUCUACUCCCUUAUAGGACGACAACGCCGGCCCAAACGAACACCAGGACCCUAUAGCUUUGGCAGUGGAGAUGGCCGCUGUCAAUCACAGCAUCCUGGCACUAGCGAGGCAGGGCGGAGCCACCAGUGACAUCAAGACAGAGGUGCUGGAUGACGAGUGAGAAUCUUCCCUUCGACGUGGAGCACGGAGGGAAGCCGAAGGAGAAAUGUGGGGUUACGAAAAUAAAGCCAGACAGUUGAACUGUGAUUGAGGAAUAUGGCCAGGUCGUGGAUGACCAAAGUGAAUGCGGAGGUUAUAAAGACUGUUAACCCAACGUUCCUUCCUUCCACCUCCCUUCUACAUGUGACGCCUCAGUAGUCUUUUCGUUAAUAUCGUUCUCAUACACGCAGCAGGUCGGGGAGGCGCUGCGUUUAAACUGUUGAUGAAACACGUUCACUAAAAACUUCAUGCGACAUAUCACCCUGCCAUAUCACACUUGGAUAGUGAAUUUCGUCUCUCAGUUUUUCCUUCUUUCAGGAAGUCUUCUUUGCAGGAUUUAAGAGGUCAGUAUCAUACUAAAUGUUCACUGCCUCAGCCUCUCCAGGGAAAGUGUGUUGGGAAGCAUAUUCUCUCUCACUUCUUAACUUAUUUCUUUAUGUAUGUGCAGUCCAGCAUUGCUGAAGUUGCGUUUGAACUUGUACACUUGUCACCAGGGUCCAAAAUUAACACUCGCCUACCACCAAAUGCAUACCAGCGGCUUUUUCAAGUUAAUAAAACAAAGUUACUGGGUAGUUGUUAAGAAAUGCAACAUAGUUUAUGUGUAAAACCACAUUUUUCCAAAAUUGACUAGUUUAUUAAUCAGUCCUGUAUAAUUAGGUAGAUUUUAAACACGCUGUUUUGGCCGUUUGCAUAAAAUGCGAAAUUCAAAAACAGCUCUAGAUGAAGCGCAUUGGAAUUGUAUAGAACACAAGGGGUCUUAAGACGUGGUUUUAAAAAUGUUUUAAAAGUUUUUACGUUUAAAUAACUUUAAAAAAGUUAUUUUACCUUCAUAUGUCAUCUUAAAAAUGGUUAAAAUGCUCAAAAAACAAACAAACAGUGCGAUACACGGUGCAAAUCUUUCUGAAUAUGUAUAUUGCUGUGGUGAUGGUCUUUAAACAAGAUGAAUUUAAAGACGCAACUUUUCUGGAAAAGGUUUCAUCAUGCAAAAUGUCUUACGAGCCAAGGUGUAGAAUGCUAACUGUAGCAUCACCGCUAAAAUAUCUAAACUAAAAGCAAAAAUAAAUAAAUAAAUAAAUAAAGUAAAAAAUCAGUUGUUGGACGAUUGGUCGUAACUAGGGCUGCACGAUUUAUCACGAUUAAACCGCAUGCGAUUUGGCAAAGGCUGCGAUUAUUUUAUGCGCAGCUUGUCAGAGCUGUACGGCUCUGUGAUCAGUAUUAAAUGCUGCUUCAUCUGAAAGCCAGAGGGCGCUCUCACACAGAAACACUAAAUAUGCCCUGCCGCAGAAGAAGAUAACAUGCGUCAUAUCACUGUAGCUGAAUAAACAGAAGAUUGAAACGCUUUGAUUGAUUAAACAUGACUAAUAAACACACGACUGCCUUAUUCUGUGUAAGAAGCCACAUCAUCUCACAGAAGGACGCUCAACUGUCGUUA